AUGGGCAACAAGCAAACAGUCUUCACUCACGAGCAACUGGAAGCUUAUCAGGACUGCACCUUCUUCACGAGAAAGGAAAUCAUGAGGCUCUUCUAUCGCUACCAGGACCUGGCCCCUCAGCUUGUCCCUCUCGACUAUACUAGCUGCCCUGAUGUGAAGGUGCCCUAUGAGCUCAUUGGCAGCAUGCCUGAGCUGAAGGACAACCCCUUCCGUCAGAGGAUCGCCCAGGUCUUCUCCGAGGAUGGGGAUGGCCACAUGACCUUGGACAACUUCCUGGACAUGUUUUCUGUGAUGAGUGAAAUGGCUCCCCGUGACCUCAAAGCCUACUACGCUUUUAAAAUUUAUGACUUUAACAAUGAUGACUACAUCUGUGCGUGGGACCUGGAGCAGACGGUGACUAAGCUGACUCGGGGGGAGCUGAGCACUGAGGAGGUGAGCCUGAUAUGUGAGAAGGUGCUGGAUGAAGCCGAUGGGGACCAUGAUGGGCGGCUGUCCCUGGAAGACUUCCAGAACAUGAUCCUUCGGGCACCAGACUUCCUCAGCACCUUCCACAUCCGCAUCUGA